GUAAUCUUUUUUAAAGAGAAACGGGGUUGGCAGGUAGGAUUUAGUUUAUCUCUGUCUGUGGCCCACACUCCAGUGCGUUAGGUGGCGGUAAUGCACCAUAACGUUGGAUGCCAACCGCCGAUAAACCCCACUGAAGAAGGAAGUAAAACUGGGAGCGGGUUUGUUUUGUUUGUGACCACCGUUCUUUCCUCGUGGAUGAAGCAAUACUAGUUGAAUACCCAACUUUCAGUCCACUGAAAUAUGUCUAAACUACAGUUGUUUCGUGUGUUUUUAAAUGAGCGUUUAACUGCGGCUGCUGUGGAGAUUUUUGGGGCAGUUGAGCAAACGGUAGUGGACUACCAGGAGGAGAAUGAUCGGCUACGGAGACUGCUGCGGAUCACACCGAUUAUACAACAAUGUAACAAAGACUCCCUGCAGCUCUCUCUCGCUGUCUCUGAAGAGGAGGUUCUCCCUGAUCAGCAGCACUGUGAGCAGGAGUGGAGCCCCAGUCUGGGGCAGGAGAACACAGAGCUUCCACAGAUUAAAGAGGAACAGGAGGAACUCAGGACCACUCAGGAGGAAGAGCAGCUUCAAGGGCUGGAGACUGAUAUCAUAGAGUUCAAAUUCACUCCUUCCUGUAUGAAAAGUGAAUGUGAUCAGGAGGACCCACUUCAGCCCUUGACUCUUCCCCAAACCCAGACUGUGGAGAACAGAGAGAGGGACCCUAAACAAGUGGAUCUCACACCUUAUGUUACUGUGACCCACCUUAAGGGUCUCUACAGUCCCUGUCACCCUCCAGAUAAUCAAAACAAUGCCUCCAGCCAAAACCUAGCCGGAAGCAGCGACCCAGUGGCACUUGACAGCAGCCCACCAUUGGAUCCCAGUUCGUCAUUGGAUCCAAACCCAUCAAUGGUGGAACACUGUUUCAAACCCAGCACCACGUCUAGAAAACCUCACCGCUGCCGUGACUGUGGCGAAAUGUUUGCUCUGAAAACGGACCUGCAGAGGCAUGUGACUCUCUUUGGCUGCUUCUGCCAAAAAAGCUACCACUCCACCUGUAAACAAAAGGCCCAUGUCCGACUCCGUCACAGUGGGAAACCCUGCACCAGCCCUGUUUGUGACAAGACCUUCAAACUCAAAGGGGAUCUGUCCAAGCACAUGAUGAUUCGCACAGGAGAGAAACCAUUUAGUUGUGGUGACUGUGGGAAGAGCUUCAAUCAGAAGUGGACCCUAAGGAAGCAUAAACUGACUCACGCAGGAGAGAAACCAUUUAUCUGUGGAGAAUGUGGGAAAAGCUUUUUACAGAAGGGGGACCUAAGUAGGCAUAUACGGACUCACACAGGAGAAAAACUAUUUAUCUGUGGUGACUGUGGGAAAAGCUUCAAUUUGAAAGGGAACCUUAGGAAGCAUAAACUGACUCACACAGGAGAGAAACCAUUUAUUUGUGAUGACUGUGGGAAAAGCUUCAGUCAGAAGGGGACCCUAAGGAAGCAUAAACUGACUCACACAGGAGAGAAACCAUUUAGCUGUGAUGACUGUGGGAAAAGCUUCAGUCAGAAGGGGACCCUAAGGAAGCAUAAACUGACUCACAGAAGAUAAACCAUUUAGCUGUGAUGAUUGCGGCAAAAGCUUCACUCAAAAGUCUAAAUUACUGAUCCAUGUAAAAACAUCCACAAAGGAG